AAUGCCUCUUGACACUGUUAGGAUUAUCCGUCCGUGUCACCAACACAGCCCUUUUUCCUGUCACCGUGCGUAGCUGCACAGAGAGCUCGCUGUAAUCAUGGACUCCAUAAAAAAGCUAUGGACCGAACUAACUAGUUAUUUUGGCUCAGCUGAGGUGCCACUGAAGAGCGCAAUCAUGACGCUUGUUGUCUACGGCGGCAAAGAGUUUUUUGCUAACGUCACGUUCAAAUGCCCCUCCGUUCACUACAAGGCCUAUGGCUAUAUGUACUUGCUCAUUCCCGCCGCAGUCCUGUUUUGUCUCUCUCUUAUGGCCUCCGACUCAUUCUGGGCUGCCGUUACUAGUUGUUGUCCCAAAAGAAAGAAGGUCCGAGGCUAUUGGUACAGGGCAAGAAAGCCGAUCUUUCUCGGAAUUCUACUGCCUAUUUCUUGGUUGGUCAUUGCUUUUGUUGACACGAAAUUUUACGUGUGCGCAAAAUUGGGACCAGAAGAUGUAGCGAUGGCUAAAGCAAACACAACGGAAGCUAAGAAAGAGAUCUCUCAAGAUUUCUUGAAUGCGGCAGCGAUGUCACAGAUGAUUGCGUUCAUCCUGCUUGCAGCACUCAUCGGAUGCGCGGUAAUCGCCAUCUCCCUGAUAAGGCUCUGCAAGAAAGUAGAUCCCGCCAUCAGCAAGGAAGACCUGGAAAAGGAAGAGGCCGACCACGCCAUGAAGUUCUUCCGUGAAAGCCUAACCCCACUAGUGAAAGAGAGGGCUGAAGGAGUAGUCAAUGAUAUCAUCAAAGACGCGAGGAACGAAGAUCUCUCAGAUCUGGUCAAGAAUGGGAUCAGUGAACUGGCAAGGAUGUACCCUGCGCAUGGUGGGGACGUCAUGGGCUUGUACAAGGAUGAUUCAGAUGGCGCAAAAAACAAAUCAAAACCGAAAAGUGGAGCAACCGAUGGAGCCGAACCGGAAAGCAUGCCACUAACAACACGAACAUCGGACGAGCAGUAAAAACUACCCCCUUUGGAUUACUACUUAUAUAGACUCGAUAAACUAAAUCUCUUUCGAUUGCCAAGUAUGUCCCCAAGAAUUUUUCGGGUUGAGGGUUUGGGGAGGGGUGAGUUUAACACCCCCAUCCAGCUACAGCAGAUUAGAAAUGUUAUUCAUUUCAACCUAACCUGAUGCCUAGCCAGAAUUUUUGUUUGCGGGGCAAAGAGAUGGGUAAACACGCGUGUUUAAUAACCUAGGCUCAAAUUUGCCAUCAAACUCCCUUUUUAUUAUAAGAACCUAUAAUCAGCCUGUUGGGGGAGAAUAGGUUCUUAAUUGAAAGAUCAUUUUUCGCUAUGUGUGUCCCAGCGUUUCAUUGCCGACUGACAGUAAGCUCGACUUUAACUGUUUAAGGUUUCUUAUCUAAAAUAAGUCGCCAUGUGAUUUUACCCACGAUUCUACUGUCUAUUUACCGUAAGGUUAUCAUUUAGGUACUAGAUAAUUUUUAUUUUAGUCUUUUUAGUCAUGGGUACUAGGGGCUUGUCACUGCCAUAUGCCGAGUUGUAAGUUGUUGGUUGGUUGUAUUACCAAGGCCAAGGGUAAUAGUGUCUUUUCGUAAAAUUAAUCUUAAUGUAAAAUAAAGAAAUCAAAAUGAGGUUUCAAAAGUC